UGUGUGUGAAGGCGCCACGUCGGCAGAACCAGCAGGGUGAAAAAGAGACCUGCGUAGCUCUGCCUGAAACUGUAGAGAAGAGGAGAAGUUAAGAAAAGCAGCUGCAGAUUUAAAUGCGAGAAACGGAGAAGAACAGAAACGACAGAAACAGACAGAAAGACAGAAACACACACAGAGAGAAAAACAGCUUUAUUUAAUCUGCAGCACAGUUUGGCUCGCUGGACUGAAACAGGAGCUGCACCAGUCUCAAGUUUCUCUGCUGCCAGGUGUGUUUGUGGGAGAGACUACUGGGAACAAUGGUGAAGAAUGUGAACAGCGUUAACACGGAGCCCCAGCCAGGGACCAGCGUGGCCUCAGAUGAAGCUGAACCCGCCUACAGUCAGCCUGCAGAGGACACUGGUAAGGACCACGUAGUGCCUGCUCCGAGUAUGAUGUGGCGAGUGACCGGUGGCCUCUUCAACGUCACCAAGGGCGUCGUGGGUGCCGCUGUGGGCGGGGUGGCUUGGGUGGGCGGCAAGAGUCUGGAGAUCACCAAGUCGGCCGUGACCACGGUGCCCUCUAUGGGGGUGGGGCUGGUGAAGGGCGGGGUGUCGGCCGUGGCGGGCGGCGUCUCCACGGUGGGUUCGACGGUAGCCAGUAAAGUCCCGUUCACAGCCAAGAGGAAAGACAAGGCCGAGUGAAAGGGGAGGAGCCGCGUGGCGGAGAAGGUGAUGAUGACGAUGAUGAUGAUUAUGAUGAUGAUGGAAAUGCCCCACCCUGAGCCAACAAGAGAGGCUGUCAGCUGUUCUACUGUCUGCCAAUCAAGACUUUUCCCACAGGGUCCACAGGUGCCUUCUGAUACCUUUUCUCGGUCUUGAACGUAGUUUUCUUGCCCACCACACCGAGAUCGAGACUCUCAUGCAAAUACUAUGUUCAAAUACCUUUUAAAAAUUCAGUAGUACUGCGAUACCAUGGCAACCCGGAACACCAGCAAAGAAACAUUAAGUCACCAAAAUGCUUCAUAUAAAAAAGUCCGUCAUGUGACCUGGACUGGGUUUGGAUGUCUGGCUCCAGGCAGAUUACAUGGACUGGAAUCCACAUCAGCACGUGGUGGACUUGAAUAUUUUUAUCUGUUUACGAAUCAGACCGAGGCUUCUCCAGUCUUCUGUCUUCUGUCUUCUCUCUUCUCUCUCUUUGCAAUCUUACACACAUUUGGUGGUUAAAAUGCUGAUUUGUUUAAUCCUUUUUUUUCUCCUCUUUUUUUUUUUUUGUGCGAUGGUAUUGAAGUUAUAUUGAAAUCUGUGAGAGAAGAAUGAAAUGUUUCAGCGUUUAAAGCGAGGGAUCAGCAGCGUUCUUCAGGGCACAGUUAGCCUUCAUUAUGCCUGACCUUCUUUAUCGUUUGGAAGAGCCCGGGGCGGUGUUUGUUUUUUACCCCAGCAGCCUUGAAUCUGCAUGUAAGAACACUUCUCUUAAAUGCAUAUCUGAAGACUGUAGACACACUCACAAGAAGACCAAUACUGGGCUCAGGUCUUUUCUUUUCUUUUUUUUUUUUGGUUUUGUUCCACAGCUACAUUAUUGUUUGAAAUGUUGAAAUGUAUUUUUUGUUUUUCUUUUCAGUACGUAUGAAAUGUUUAAAAAUAAAUAAAUAAAUGCUGUGUCGGACACUUAAAAGUUGAGUUUUAAAGAUUUAAGAAGAACAGUUUCAGCAGCUUUUUUGUUUCAUUGACGGUUGUGUUUGUGAGAAGAAGAAAAGUGCCCGAUGUUGUCUGAACUGCUCAGUCAGUAAAUGUUGAACUGUUACCCUUUUAAUCACGGGGGUUAACACCUUACUGGGUUUUUGGAGGCAACAUUUGUGAACGUUUAUAUGCAAUAUCAACAUUUCAAUGCAACAUUUGGAGUGAGUGGAUGCUGUUGCUGAUGGGACUUAACUAUGUGAAUGUCUUGUAUGUGUUUUUUCCUUUUUUCAGUACAUAAAUAAAGUAGUUUGGGAAGUUAAAUA